ACAUUCCUACUAUUGAGUGUGUGUCGCGUAUAUCUAACACGCACACACUUUCUCUCUCUUCUUCAGUUUCAAUUAAUGGGAACAAGACUGUUCUAUGCUUUAGCGAUCUCCUUAUUGGUUGUCUUCAACAUUCCUGACAUUCAGUGCAAGAUUCCGACGACUCUGGACGGUCCGUUCAAGCCUGUUACCGUCCCUUUUGAUCGGACCUUGCGCGGUAAUGCCGUCGAUUUGCCGGACACCGAUCCCAGGGUUCGCAGGCGCGUCAAAGGAUUUGAGCCCGAGCAGAUUUCUGUUUCUCUCUCUGCGACCUAUGAUUCGGUUUGGAUUACUUGGAUUACCGGGGAAUCCCAAAUUGGUUACAACGUUAAUCCGUUAGAUCCUGAAACAGUCUCUAGUAAUGUUCGUUAUGGGAUGUUAAGACGUCCCUUGACUCAUCAAGCCCGGGGCUACUCUCUUGUCUACAACCAGUCAUAUCCUUUUGCAGGCCUUCAGAACUAUACUUCUGGGAUCAUCCAUCAUGCUCGUCUUACAGGGUUGAAACCUGGCACACUAUAUUAUUAUCGGUGCGGUGAUCCUUCUAUACCAGCAAUGAGUGAUACAUUCUCUUUCAAGACAAUGCCUGUUUCUGCUCCAUGGAGCUACCCAAAAAGAAUUGCAGUUGUGGGAGAUCUGGGUCUUACAUACAAUACAACAACAACAAUCAGUCACUUGAUUAGUAAUAAUCCUGAUCUUGUCUUAUUGAUUGGCGACGUCAGUUAUGCGAACCUAUACCUCACAAAUGGAACUAGCUCUGACUGCUACUCUUGUUCAUUUUCGGAUACUCCCAUACAUGAGACCUAUCAGCUUCGUUGGGAUUAUUGGGGAAGGUUUAUGCAGAAUUUAGUUUCAAAAGUUCCAUUAAUGGUGGUGGAAGGGAACCAUGAGAUAGAAGAACAGGUUGAAAACCAGACUUUUGUUGCUUACAGUUCUCGAUUUGCUUUCCCAUCUAAAGAAAGUGGAUCUCCAUCCACAUUGUAUUACUCCUUCAAUGCGGGGGGAAUACAUUUUAUAAUGCUUGGGGCUUACAUUGCCUAUAAUAAAUCAGCUGAUCAAUACAAGUGGCUGGAGAGAGACUUGGCUAAUGUUGACAGAUCCAUAACUCCAUGGCUGAUAGCUGCUUGGCACCCUCCUUGGUACACUUCUUAUGCUGCCCAUUACAGAGAAGCAGAGUGUAUGAAGGUGGCAAUGGAAGAGUUGCUCUACUCUUAUGGUGUUGACAUAGUCUUCAAUGGACAUGUUCAUGCCUAUGAGAGGUCAAAUCGAGUUUACAACUACACGUUAGAUUCAUGUGGUCCUGUUUAUAUCACAGUAGGAGAUGGGGGUAACCGAGAGAAGAUGGCCGUUGAACAUGCUGAUGAACCUGGUAACUGUCCACAACCAUCGACAACUCCAGAUCCAUACAUGGGAGGCUUUUGUGUGUCGAACUUUACAACUGGCCCAGCAGCGGGUAAGUUCUGCUGGGACCGGCAACCUGAUUACAGUGCCAUCAGAGAAAGCAGCUUUGGCCAUGGAAUUUUAGAGGUGAAGAAUGAGACUUGGGCCUUGUGGACAUGGUAUCGGAAUCAGGACUCGCACAGUAUUGCUGGGGAUCAGAUUUACAUUGUCAGGCAACCAGAUAUAUGCACUGUCCAUCCAAAGGUAACUAAAAGCUGGUUUGCAUCCAGGUGAACUCUAACCAUAAACACGGUUUCAACGGAAUAGCCAUAAACUAUCCAAGAGUCAAAAUAUAGCAAAGUAGAAUAGGAUUUGGCAGCAUCUUGCCGCGAUUUAUGGGGCUUGCCUUAGCCCCUUGUAAUGCCACAGAUUUAAUGAUAAAUUCUGCGAAGUUACUAUGGCGCCCUUCCCUUGUGUAGCGUCAAUCCACAGUGGAAUGUAAACCAUAUAUUUUUGCAGCAGUCAUUACAUUAUUGUAUUGUGAACCUUAAUGUGAAAGUGCCAUAGGGUGCUCUAGCAUAACACACAGUUGAAGAAGAAAUUACACAUGCUCACACAAUGCCAUAGGGUGCUCUAGCAUUCUGUUGUGUAUUUGUAUUUUUGGAUGUGUGAUAAAACUAAAAGAGAAUGCUAAAGUUCUAUUUAUCAA